AUGCCCUCACCUCUCCCACGGCGCCGUUACCUCCCUGGGGAGUUUUCUCCUUCGGUGGACUCGAGGCCCUGCAGUAGCCCCUCCAAGCUCCCAGGUAAGGCAGGGAAGCUCUUUCCGGGGGCCACUCCUCCUAGGGCCCCACGGCUGCCACGCCGACUGGCCUGGUGUUCCAUUGACUGGGAACAGGUGUGCUUCCUGCAGCGGUUGGGAGCUGGGGGCUUCGGCUCGGUAUACAAGGCAACUUACCACGGUGUGCUAGUGGCCAUAAAGCAAGUGAGCAGGUGCACCAAGAACCGACUGGCAUCCCAGCGCAGUUUCUGGGCUGAGCUCAACAUUGCUAGGCUUCGCCAUGACAACAUCGUGGGGGUUGUGGCUGCCAGCACGCGAACGCCUGCAGGCUUUAAUAGUUUAGGCACCAUAAUCAUGGAGUUUGGUGGCAAUGUCACUUUACACCAAGUCAUAUACGGGGCUACCAGCUGCCCUGAGGAGGAGGAGGUGGAGCCUCACUGCUGUGCGGGAGAGCAAUUAAAUUUGGCAAAGUGUCUGAAGUAUGCCCUAGAUGUUGUGAAUGGACUCCUUUUCCUUCACUCACAAAGCAUUGUGCACUUGGACCUGAAGCCAGCUAACAUUUUGAUCAGUGAGCAGGAUGUCUGCAAAAUUGGUGACUUUGGUUGCUCUGAGAAGCUGGAAGAUCUGUGCUUCCAGACUCUUCCUCACCACUUAGGUGGCACAUACACCCACCGAGCCCCAGAGCUCCUGAAAGGAGAGAACGUAACGCCCAAAGCUGACAUCUAUUCUUUUGCCAUCACUCUCUGGCAAAUGACUACCAAGGAGGUGCCUUACUCGGGGGAGCGACAGUACGUGCUCUACGCUGUAGUGGCCUAUCAUCUUCGUCCGUCUCUCUCAGCAGCUGUCUUCACUGACUCCAUCCCUGGGGAAAGACUUGAGAAGAUCAUCCAGGGCUGCUGGAGGGCCAGUGCAUUCCAGAGGCCAAGUGCAGAAAAUCUCCUGGUUGAACUUAAUUCUUUGAAAGCUGAAUUUGGCUGA